AUGACUGACUAUCGUGCCCCGGACAAGGACUUUCUGGGGGUCGAUGCCGUCGGGCCAAGUGGCCUUCAUGGAGGCACAAUGUCAGAGCCAUCAACAGAGGGGGCCACAGGCGACUUCCAGGCCAUAGAUCCGCACAGUGGCGUGAAAAGAGGACUGAAGACCCGACAUCUGUCCAUGAUGGCGCUGGCUGGCAUCAUUGGCCCUGGUCUGCUUGUCGGCUCAGGCGGUGCCUUAUCCAGUGGUGGACCGGCCGCCCUGCUGAUCGGAUUCGGUACUAUCGGUAUCCUGGCCUUCUCCAUAAUGCAAAGCUUAGGGGAGCUCACGACGCUUUAUCCAUCAGGGGGAGCGUUUACAGCUCUGGCAGAUCGUUUCGUGGACAAGGCAUUUGGAGUAGCAGUGGGCUGGAAUUAUUUCAUUAUCUGGUUCGCAGUUCUGGCGAAUGAAUACAAUGCUAUAUCCAGCAUCUUGUUUGCCUUCCUUGGCUUCCAACUCCUUGGUAUCGAGACAUUCGGUGAAGCCGAGUUCUGGCUUGCCCUCGUCAAGCUUGGUGGCCUCGUCGCAUUUUUCUUGUUCUCCAUCGUGUACGCUUCGGGUGGUAUUCACGGCGUUCCGGGUCCAGGUUUCAAAUACUGGCAUGAUCCAGGUGCAUUCGCCAACGGAUUUCGUGGUGUUGCCACGGUCUUCGUGUUUUGUUCUACUUUCUACGCUGGCUGUGAGUCGGUCGCCGUUGCCGCCACUGAAACCAAGAAUCCGCGGGUCGCAGUACCACUGGCGAUUAGACAGGUCUUCUGGCGCAUUGUCUUUGUGUAUAUGGGAUCAGCCUUCUUCUUCGGCUUAACAUGUCCAUCUGACGCGGAAGGGCUUGUCUCGGCUAAAAGCAAGGCAUUGCAGAGCCCAAUGACAGUCGCCCUUAAAAACGCAGGCUGGGAAGGAGGCGUUCACCUGAUCAAUGCCUUCAUCCUCAUUACCUGUCUCUCGGCAGUCAAUAGCUCCAUCUACAUUGGCAGCCGUACGCUGCUCUUCAUGAGCCAGGACGGGAAAGCUCCACGCAUCCUAGGCUGGACGGACAAGCGAGGCGUUCCAGUUCCCGCGAUCGUUUUCACUAAUGCGUGCGGUGCAUUGAGCAUGAUGAAUGUGUCGACCGGAGCCGGAGCGGCGUACAGCUACAUCGUGAAUCUAUCAGGUAAGGUAAGCACGUUUCUCGUCUGGGGAAGCAUCAGUUAUAUCCACAUCAAAUUCCGGAAAGCGUGGAAAGUACAGGGAUAUGCAGAAACAGAUCUGCCAUUCAGAUCCGCCUGGUAUCCUUGGAAUGCUUACUUCGGUCUCGGAGCCAAUAUCUUCCUGGCCCUUGUCCAGGGAUGGACUAAUUUAAGCCCGUUCAAUGCCGGUGGAUUUUUGGAUGCUUAUAUUCUCCUGCCGCUGUUUCCCAUCAUCAUCUUUAGCUACAAGUUCUUGUACAAGACGAAAUUCUGGAAGGCGCACGAGAUUGACUUGCAUUCUGGAAGAAGACAUGAUAUGGAGGAGGCCGGAGGAUUUUCAAAUGCCUCCUCAUCAGCCAACCGUCUAUGGUGGCAGAAUGUGUGGGAGAAAUUCUAGUUGUACCAAUGUCCGACAGGUGGCGGUACAUCUACAUAUGUACCCAUUCCAAACUCCACACACACAGCCUGAAAAGCCCGAGUUUGAGACAUACCAG